AUGUCGAAGCACGAAUUCACCGCCCUCGUCACCGGCGGCGCAUCCGGCAUCGGCGAAGCCACCGCACGCAAACUCGCCAGUCGCGGCAUCUCAGUCCUCAUCGGCGACAUGAACCGCGCGCGAGGCGAGAAAGUCGCCGCCGAGAUUCGAGAACUGUACGGCGUGCGCGCGGCUUUUUACUCCCUGGACGUGACCGACGAGGCCAACGUCAAGGCCUUUGUCGAGCACGCCACGCAGUGGACGGGCCGGCUGGACUUUGCGGCCAAUUGUGCUGGGAUUUGCGAGAAUGUGUGGGACGGCGAGGAGAGCAUCACGGCGGAGCUUUUUGAUCAAACUCACGCCGUCAACACCAAAGGCGUCUGGCUCUGUCAGAAAUACGAGGCGGCGCAAAUGCUCCGGCAAGAGCCCCGUCCCGUCGUCUUCUCCCCGCCACCACCACCCUCCCAUGUGAUACCCGGCCAGCGCGGAUCCAUCGCCAACGUCGCCUCCGUGUCGGGACUCCACGCCAACGGCCUCGCCGCCUACACGCCCAGCAAGUACGCCGUCGUGGCCGUGACCAAGAACGGCGCCAAGUUCUACGGCCCCAGCGGCGUCCGCUGCAACGCCGUCUGCCCGGGGUACGUGAUGACGCCCAUGACCGAGCACAGCAUGGGCGAGGCGGCGAAGCCCGGCACCAAGGAGAACGAGGCCGCGUCGACGAGCCUCCAGGUCGCCAUGGGCAGGAUGGGCUUCCCGCAGGAGCAGGCGAAUCUGCUGUCGUUCUUGUUGAGUGAUGAGAGUAGCUAUAUGAAUGGGUCGAUAGUGGUCAAUGAUGGGGGGUUUCAUGAUAUUCGGUAG